GGACUCUAACAUAUGACUAGAGGAGAUGAUGGCGGCUGACUCUGGCGGCCUAUUCGCAAGAAAAAAGGAUACCUGUUUACAGUUUGCUUCAAAGCCAACUGCUAUCGUUUAUUUGCCAUCUUUAAACUCUCUUGUAGGAACUCUGUCAAAUGGCAGUAUCGAAGUUUUCGACAUUCAUAGUGGAUGUAUGCUAAAACAAGUUGACUUCACAGAUGAAAAUGGCAAUAAUUCUGGAGAGCUCCUUUGUGCACUUGUGGAAGGCAGUGAAAAACUAUGCAUCACAAAAGGGAAUGUUAUUGGCUGUAGAGGUGUGCAUGGAGAGAAGAUAUUACUGGACAGCAUUCUACAACAUGACAACAAAGAACAGGACAAACUCAAGAUUGAGCUUGAUAUUGUGCAGGCUGGAAUUUUGUUGAAUGGCCUUCAGGCCUGUCAACAGCAUUUCUCUUCUCCAAAGCAAUUUGUAACUGAUUCUGUAAAGGCUGAAGAAGAUGUCAAAAAUGUCACAGAAGAGCUACAAAGACAAUAUGAAAAGAGUUUUCAUGCUGUGAAAAAUUUUGCCAGCAAAUCUGUCAAGUGGAUGACUGUUUGUUUGAAUAUGGAAAAGUCACUGCUGAAUGAUGCCUUUGUUUAUGUUUAUGCUCUAAUGUCAAGGCAAACUCAAGACCCCUCGCUGCCAAUUAUUGGUGAUGUGGUUAGGCGGAUAUCACUAUGUAGUCCACCAAAAAAGAAGACUGACCCCGGAAGGAUUGACAGGAUAAUGAUGCUGGGAGAGGUGGAGCGACUAGACACAUUUAAAACUUGGCCACACAAAAAUUAUGAGUACGCUUUACCAGGUCCAAUGGCAGAGGCAGGGUUUUACCACCCGGCGUAUUCAACAGCAUCAGAAGACAGGGCAAUUUGCUUCAAAUGUGACAUUUGUCUAGUUUAUUGGGAACCAUCAGACCAGCCAUGGUCUGAGCACGAAAGACAUUCAAGCAGCUGUCCUUUUGUGAAAGGCGAAUAUACAGCGAAUGUUCCAUUAUCAAUUUGUGCUGCUGUCUGUCAUGGUCAGAACUUGAAGGACCCAAAUGAAAAAGUCACUCGAAUUGGCAAUCAAAGUUGUGAAGGUUUAGUUGUGGUUGGAACAAAUCAAGGAAAUGUGUAUUUAUUGGGAAGCUUUCCAAUUCUGAAGCUAAAACGCAAGUUGAAAAGAUGCCUAUCACGCUCAGUAUCUGACGAUUUGAAACUUAAAGGUAUUGCUGGUGACGAUGCCGGGAAGUCUUCCUCCGCAUCUUCCUUAACCAACGAUCAAGAAGAUCCGAUGGUAGAUAUGGCCAACAAAGUCGAAACUGCAACCCAAGUUUCCGGAUCUCCCGAGACCCAAGAUGAAGAGUUUAUAGACAGUUCCUUAAAAGUCGAAGAGGAAAUUGUUGAGGACGGUGAUACAAGUGCCUGUAAAGAAACAGUGUCAACCCAAAUAACGGUUCAUAUUCCAAGUAAAGUUACAAAACGAAGACCGUAUUCUAUCGAAAUUCAAGCCCUGACCAUUUCUAAGCAUCGUGUCGUUGCUGAGAGUGGACAAAAGAAGUCAAGUAAUUAUAUUAUAGUUGGGCGAAAAUGCACUGUUGAGUCAAAGAGAGGAGGAGGCGAGGCUUGCAAAAGGUCUUGUUUGAGUGUUUUAGUAGUCAAUGAACGAGACAUGAAAAAGGUUGAAGUGAAGAAAGUAGAUACAAAAUCUAAGAAGGUUAGUAAUGGAGUUAAUGCUUAUAUUCCCAAUUUGAUCCAAGAUCCGUUAUUCCAGCACGAAUUUGACUCAUAUGUAGGCGCAGAUACUGGAGAACUUUCAGUUAUCAACGAAUACUUGCGGGCAAGUAAGCAAAUAGAGAAGACGGAAGGAGCAAAGAAGAAGACUUCAAAGGAGAGUCGUUCAAGCGAGGCAAGAAAAUUCCAGGAAUUUAUCUUGCCUAGUUUCGUUGAUGCGUCCACGCAUGAAAUAUCGCAUUUGUAUGCAACAGCCACGAGUCUUUUUGUUGUUGUGAAAUGCAGGAGUUUAAUAAGUAAAUUCGACGAUGAAAGUAAUGGCCAUGCUGAUUCACUUGAAGAUUCCAGCUCCAUUGAUUCUGAUACAGAGGUUAUCGAGAUGCCAAACGGAACGCAGAAGGAAACGAACCGCUCUUCGUAUAUCCUCGAGUAUCGCUGGCUGUUUCAAAGCGGUGGUGUAGCUAUUCAUGAUUCUAUUGUAUCUUUGCGUGAGUUCACCCAGGAGGAAUAUUUACACGAUGUUCUGAUGAUUCCAAGCAAAAACCUAGGGUUUAGGCAACAACGCUUUGACUUCGUUGGAGACGAAUGCAUAGAUUCGAAUGGCGCAGAGUUACUUUUAGCUGUUUCUGGAAUGGAUCAAAAGCGUCUUCUGUUAAUCAGUACGCUAGAUCUAACAGACGUAAACGUGCUAACAUUAGAUGGUAUCGAUGGUAGCUGCAUGGUAGAGAAAAUCGUUUACUGUUUAGGGAUCAGUGUCAUUGCCUGUUGUUUGGAUGAUGGUAAAGUGGUACUUUGUGACCUGGAGGGCCGUGCGAAGAAACCUGCCGAGGAACCGAGUAGAGAGCUAGCUACCGGAAGCGGUCAUAUAUUGGAUGUCCCGUUAAACGACGCUAAACUAUCGGAACUCCUGCACCUGACCCGUUUCGAACCAAUUACCAAUGGCGUGCACAUGUUCCUACCAAUGGACUGGGUUGUUGGCAGGGCUUCAUUGAGCGCCAAUGCACCGUUGCAAAGCAAAAGGCGGCUUCAGCCACAUGUCCAAGAUAUUUAUCCUAUAAGCAGUCCAUCGCUUCUCAAGGGCGUGAAUGGAAUUUCUGAUCAAAAGCUACAAGAACAAAGGCUUCGUCCGAAAGAACAGAACGUGACAUUCAAGAUAGUUGUCAGCUCUGAAACAUCAAUAGGAUACAUCGAUCUGGCCUUUGAGUGUAACACAGCAAUUUCUGAAGAAUCAAAUCUGUUUGUUUCCCUGUAUUUGAUAGAACAGAAUAAGAACACUGCCGGCAAAGCAGACGAUUUCAGCGACAGGGAAUUGAUUUGCGGACCAGUUUCACUGUCAGAGUACCGAUCAAAUGAGGAUUGCAAAGCAUCGUUGAUGCUAACUUCACCAAGGCUGGCAUCUGUAAAAAGCAGUUAUUUAGCACUAGAUCUGGAUUAUCGUCCCAGGGAUGGCUCGGCUAAUCAGUCAGAAGCCGGGCUCAACGGCGAGGUGGAUAGAAGACCCAGUAAACUCGCGGUUGCUGACUUUAUAUCAAACAUACAAAUAGUCAUAUACCAGUUUCUGCCUGCCAUGCCAGACUCAUCGUUGCUUCCAUCUUUUCGUCUGCAUUUGAUAGAAGAAAGAGAAAUGCAAAGGAAGCUUCUUCAUCAACUGGUGAUCGAUGUCUACAAUGGCAAGUGUCUUGGUGAAGAUUCAGAAGGAAGAAAAUGCUUGGAAAUAUUUCUGUGGAUAUGGCACAUGUUGACAUUUGCCGAAGACAGUUUAAGGAGCCAAAUUGUAGAAGUAGUUGCAGAAAACGUCUCAGACCUCAUCAAGGCUUGCUUCGUAAAUGGCGAUAGAACACUGGCCCAUAGAGUUUAUCAACUGCUUGUCAGCAUUUGCAGGUAUUCUGACAAACUAGGACAUUCAAGUUUUGCCAAGCAGCUUCUGUUGGCGCUCACGAGUGUCGUUGAGGAGGUAGCGAAUUUCUCAUCGGUUGGGGCAUUACGUUGGUUUUUCCGACUGUGCAAUGCCGCUAUCAAAUAUGCCGAUCCGGUUGACUUGGAAGGGCUCUUUGCAUCUGUUUUGAUAUCUUUGGUGGAAGUAACAAGAUGCCACCAGGACAGCAUUACAAGCAAGCAGCUGAUGCUCCAGACAAGAUUUGACUUGGUCGGGUCGCCAUUGGAACCAAUUAUCGCUGAGCCCGUUUGCAUUAACUUGGUUAUGGGUGAGAACGUGAAAACGAAACCGGAGCCUCAGAAUGGCAGCGAGGCAGCCGCAGAUGGCAAAAAGACCAUGUCUGUUGCAGCCUCUGAAGUACCAGGUAUUUUGGAGGUGCACCAACUCGGUUUUACUUGCGUAAUGACGAGCGAAGGCUCAAAGUGUGAGGCAGUGACGAAAUCUAGUAACCCCCAAAGCCAGUCUCUGAAGGUUAGCAUGGAACACGCUAAAAGUCAGUUUCAAGAGCCAGCUGGCACCUCACCUCCGUAUCCAUACAAAGAUGAAGACCUGCCAUUUUUCCCAUUUUAUGAUGAUUUGAAUAACAUCGAGUCGGAAAUGCCAGAUGAAGAUUACAUCGAGGUUGAUCAAAGUGUAUACGAGGUUCUUGAUAAAGAGGGCUUUGAUAUGUGGAAUUCCGACCUCAACCAACGAAAGGCGAAAGUUGUAAAGAAAAGAGGGAGAUCUGCUAGACAGGAACAGCCGCCUGAUAUUGAUAACGAAUUCAUUGUGCCCGAAUCGAUGCUACUAGUUGUUGAAAGAAUGCAUGCCGCCGCACAACAUUUUGCAAUUAUCGACUUUCAGCGACCUAUAUACUUGACGGAUGUGCUCAUCCCGCCCUGUUCAUCUUUAGCAAGCCUGUCAGUGUAUGCCUGGAAGGAGAAUCAGACUGAAAAAGAGGCCGUGCACGUUGUUACUUCGAAUGAAAUCGGGCGGAAGGCCUUAAUCUUGACCGACAUGAUACCAUCUGUGAAAUGCAAAUACCUCAAGGUCAUUGCGAAUGGGAGCCGAAAAUUGAACUCCACCAAAAUCUCAAUAUCCCUUGGGAACUUUUAUGGUAGGCCCGUGGAUGGAACCUACAAAGCCGAUCAGCUGAAAUCGAGGCUGCAGCAAGAGUAUGACAGAGCGUUCUGUCGUUACGCCCUUGCCUGUGAUAGACUGUCCAAUGCGAUUGAAGACAUCACAGAGGCUUCUGCUGAAGUCACUGAUCGUGUAUCAGGGGAUUUGCAAAAUAUGUUGAUGAAAGCUUACAGUGAUUGUGCAGAAACACAGCUCAAUCUUAAUCAUGUUUUUCAUUCAUUGAAGUUCUACCAGACGAAGUCAAAGCAGGGAAUACCUGGUUUCGUAAACAGGCAGAAUGGUCACAUGCCAAGUGAUUUCAUGAGAGUUCUCAUAGAGUGCUUCCUCGAGACUCUUCUCUUGUCACUUCAAAAUAUUGCAAAAUCCAGUGAAAUUACAGGAACUUUUGAGAUGGAAGUCGUGAAUUUCGACAACUUUUUGGAAUUGUUUAAGAAUCUGUGUAUAUUUGGUCCCCUUAAGAUAAGACAGCUCGGAUGUACACUUGUACAAUGCCUUUGCGAGAUUCAGCCUUGGUGGGACGAAUUCCUGAUCAAUUCCUUUAAAUACUGCUUUGAAAGCAGCUCUGUCCACGGAGUUCCAAAGAACAGGCUGUUCAUUCUUUUCAUGCGAAUCCUAAAGACUGCCUCAGAUAGGAACAGAGUUAUUCAAAGUCUUACUGAUCUACUGAAUGAUACGCUAGCACCGCUUUGCAAAGGAAGAGCAUCUCGAGGGCAGCUCGACUUGGAACUCGUUGAUUUGCUUUUACUGGUCUUCAACGAGCUGUUGCAGCAUUUUGAUCAAGGUGAUUGGGUUUUCUUGACGCCAUGGAACGCAAUGGCAAAAGAGUCCAGUGGACUUGAGACCCGGACGCAAGAACAGAUACGAGAUUACUUGCAAGCUCAGAGGCAGAAACUGACGAGGUUCAAUAAGCGACUGCAGAUCCUCGCCAACCAAAAGAAGAAACACUGUGCCAUGGGCUUUGCACAAGUUCCAAUUGCACAAAGUUCAAGCAAGGAAUUAAAAGAUUUGCUGUUGUUAAGAAGACAUCCACUGUUUAGUAAAAGAAGAACAGACCAUCAUGCGAUCACUGCAGAUGCCCUGAGUUUGCUGGACGACGGUGAGCAUGCACCUGAUGCAAAGACUGGUGUUAUUAAGAAGCAGAGGGUCCUGCCCACCUUGACUUUCUUGUUCAAACUGAUGCUGGCUUGUCGAACCGAAGCAGAUUUCGAGAGACUUUUAUUAAGUUGCAAGAUUGGGUCGAUGUUAAUACUGGCCAGUGACCUUCCAAUCCAUAUCACUGAAAUUGCAAAUUUUGAAGAUCUCACUGCUCUUAUCCGUCUUGCCAUCACAUCGGAUUCAUACAGCUCCCCCUGGAUUAAUCAUGCAAUCCUGUGUUUUAUUCGUCAAAUUCUUCUUAAAAAGCAGUCUGUGCUGUCGAAUCCUGUAGUUAAUAUGGGUGACGAUACUGGUAUCGAAAUCCCAGUCAACUUGGAUGAUAAAGAACAAAGUAGUGCAUCUGGCGAGUCUAGCGGUGACUCCUCUGAAACGAUGUCCGGGCAGGAGGGGGAGCCUGCGGAGGAGAAAUUGAUGGACAUCGCGUCAUCAAUUGCAACAAAUCUGAUGAAAGUGAUUAAAGAAAGUGUCCAUCAAAAGGAAGGUGGAAAUACGAAGGACAAUGCAAAAUUUCCUACCAAUGCAAACCGUUAUGGGGCUGCAUAUAGUACAUAUCAUUUAGUAGAUGGAUUUGACAAAGGAUUUCAAAUGGAAGGAAAUCAAGUUUAUUAUGAAAAUCUUGAUAGAGUAAAUCAAAUUCUAGCGAAGGGUGUAUGGGAGCAUAACACCCCUGUAGGCAUAGUUGAUGAAGUAAAGAAUGACACGCAAGGAAACAAUGAUGAUUUAAAAUUAGUUUCAAACGUAUUUGCUAAGAUAGCUCAAAGUGACAUAGGCCUGAAGAACAUAAAUAUACUUAUAUGUCAAUGGAUUGCAAUUACUUCAACUUCUGAAAGCUUUCCAAGUAAGGCGAUUAUGCAAUUACCCUUUCAACUUGCUAAUGUGCUGUUGAAGUCCCAUGAAUGCAGCGAGAGCAAUAGGCACCAUGACUUUCUUUGCGAAAAAGCAAUGCUGAGUUCUGUUAUGGUAGAAAACCAGGCGAAAAAUCUUGAGUCCUUACUGGACAUAGUAACGUACAGUUCCAAGAUAGCAGCUCAUAUGCAAGGCUCGUUACGAAGUUUAUCACUUUUGAAAGUUCUUGCAAAUGUAAUGAAAUCUGAAUGCUCAGAUGGAGACACUGCGUCAGGCGCAGAAAGGCCACAGAAAACUUUGCCACGCAUAGAUAAAAAAGUGACCUAUCUUGCUAAAACACUUAUAUUGGAGAUUUUAAGAAAUGAAAGGAAUGAUUCUUCUUCGUGCCAAGAAAUGCUACAGCUUGUUGAUGGUUUACCAAUAUUUGAUGAAAUUCCACCGGAAGAAGUUGAGAUUUCCUCGCAAAUUCUGAAGCUUCUCUCUACCUCUAUUCGUGAAUUCGUUUCAAAGAACAAGGAACUAUUAAUUCUCUCAUUUUUGGAGUCAAAUAAUAAACAAAAAAGGUUGUAUAUUGUCGACAAAGGCAGACAUUGGCAGAUCGGCAAAUGCAUUACCGAACAGAAUUAUAGCCAACUUUUUAAAAGUGUAACCUUGUUAGAGAAUAUUGUAUGCCCUGGCUUGGCUGACAGUCGACCAAACGAAAUUCUUUAUUGCCAAGAGUCGGCCGUGUUACAAGAUAUAUUUGAAGUUCUUUUCUUGAUUGGCGAACCGCCUAUACAACACGAUUCAAGGUCAAAUUUUCCUGCUUGCUUUCUACCUCGUUCUGAAAUUUACAAAGACGCUUCAGAGUUCCACGACGUCGUCCAAAGCUUACACCGACUUCUCAUCAGCCUCGCUCGCCACCCGGAAGACAGACAAAGGUUAUUGGAAGAGAUUUUAUCGUACAUUGCGAAGAAAGAUGGACCGUACAGUUUUAUUUCAAAGGCAGUGUGUUCUGUGCUUGCCAAUCUGCUGCAGACAAAAGACGAUAUAGAAUUCUUCAUAAACAAAGGAGGCCUUUCUGUAAUAUGCGACCGUGUGAUAGGCCACGCGGAAGUUCUUGAAUGGAGUUCCAAUCGUAGAUACGGACUUCCAAUCACAGAAGCGCUGACCGAAAAGGACGAACCAGAAAUAUCAGGAAACAAAACCCGGCCAGAUAUUGAUGGAUCGGAGUUGAAGAACCUUGCACCUUGUGGCAGGGUUAUUAGUCCACCAAACAGCCCGCCCGCAGACAUUCUACUCCAGUCGAAACCGAACCACAGACGCUCGCGAUUUGCAGCCUGGUCUUAUCAAUUCAAUAAUCAGAAUGAAGAAUGGAUACCAUUGACCAUAGAGUUGCCAUUUGCUAUUCUUCUCAAGCAAAUCGUUCUGUAUCACCACGCAUCAUUUCUUGGAAACUGCCCUGCAGAGGUUUAUGUUGAGAUAAAAGGCUGUGGGGACGCGUUCGUUCCUUAUUCACCGACUAUGCAAACCAGUGGCCUACAAAGCGUCUAUAUUCAGUUUGCAAGGGGAUUGCCAGCAAAGGCUGUCAGACUGUACAUGAAGCGACCGCUAGAUUCAGAGGUGAUAAAAGUUAACAACAUCGAACUUUACGGAAAAGCAGCAUUAUCCUCGAGCAAUAGAAAGUCGAACACGGAAUUCAGCAAAAGAUUCUAUUGGAUUGAAUUACUUAAUCAUGUCCUGGAGAAGAAUGAGAGUUCUGUUGAGAAACUGAGCGGAAAAACGAGGGAAGAAAACUCGAUAACAAAAGCCCUCUUGCAGUUCUUCAUCCUAAUUCCAAGUUGCAAACCUCUUGAUAAAGAAAUUUUACUGAGCCUUUUGGUGAAGAUAUUUUCAAAGAAUUUCGACGAGUGGAUGCAUUUACUUAACAACAACCUUGUUCCAAGAGACAGCAAAAGUAAAUCCGGAUCGAAACGAACACUGAUGCCACCUGAGUUAGCGUCUCUUCUUAUCUCGGCUGUUAUGAGAGGAAUUGACGAUCAGAGAAAAACUAGAUGUUUGUCGGCGUUAUUGGAUUGGGCAACAAGGGUCCUUCACAGAGACCUUGUAUCUGAUCAAAGAGAAUUGCACGCGACCACAAUUCCAUAUUUCAGAUGUAUUACUAAUAUACUUGCUGAACAUGUCAUUCCGCGUAAUCAGUUGGAGAGCUCAUUGGUUUCCAGUUUGUCAGGGGAUCUAUUGUCUGUUCUAUCCAGAAUGGACUUAAAGGACUGCAGGUUCAGGAUAUAUUCAAAGUUUUUUACAGCUCUUGGAAACAUUGAUACCGUUAUAGUCGAGAAAGUAAUUAGUGAUUGUUUCUCCGCUCUCAAUAUUAAAGAAGCAUUUAGAAUCGCCGAUCAAGGAAACAAUUGUUUGAGUAUCGCUGCAAUCUCAAGUCAAAAUGAUUUGAAUAACGAGAUAAUUGUAAAUUCAACACUCCCGUUGAAAAUUUGCGAAGUUUUGCAAGAGGUACUGAAGGCUGUCUCUGGUCCUGUCACACAAAAUCUUCUUGGAUAUCUAUCCUCGAUGUUUUUGUUGCUCAAAUUUCUUAUUCAUGCCUUGCAAACUGACACGUUCAAAAACUGGUUUGGAUCGCCUGGUAAUUGUUCAUUUUUAGGGCAAUUGAUUCAUUUUCUGAGUGUUGCAUAUUUAGAUAAAGGCCUUUUGGUCAAAGAUAGCUUACAAACAGAUCGUCUGCUGGGACACAUCCAUAGACUGCAAUCAGCAACAGUUAGUCUCGUUAAACGCAUGGUCUCCUUCCAUCGGCAAAACCAACUGGUGUUCAUCGAUAUACUUAAGAGUCUUCUCUCUAAGGAAUGCAAGGUGGAUUUGGGGCUGAUGAAUAACUCGUUCUUGAAAAGACUCGUAUUGCAGGUGAUUUUGGACGAAGAAGAGGUUGUUGUGCAACUGAAAAGGAGGGACGAUAACGAAAAUGUAAGCGAGUCUCCACAGCGCAAGACACUGGUGACAAUGGAAAAUAUGGUUUCAAAGCGACUUAAGUUAUCAGAUAGUUUGUCAUCUUUAUUUCCUGUUACCAGUGAAGAUAAAGCGCCUAAAGAAGAGCGGCCUAAGCAAUCAGUUGCUGCAAACGAGCCUAGUACUGGGUUCCAUUCCGAGGACUGGUUUGAUGAUGGUGAUUGGAAUGAUGGAACAAGCUAUUCAGUUCUUUUCGCCACGGCUAAUUCUGCCACACAGAAACGGCAGCAGAAGCAAAAUGAAGCAUCAAACGAGAAAGCCGCCGGGAACGAGCUGCCUUUAGUUAUAGAUUUCUACCACCCAUGCAUAGUCAAAAAACCCUUAAGCCAUGACCUGACUAUCGGACAGGUUAUCUAUAUACUUGACAGUCGUAGUGAGCCUUGUACGAAUGGAUCCAUAACACUGUUUGCCGAAGUUAGGGAGCAAGAGAAAAACGACGUCCGUUGUUUGACUCAGUAUGCGAUGAUCAAAGCUGCCACAUACCCGUCGCUCUUGCGAGUGUUUGCAAUGAACAGCGGCAUCCAGCUUCUAGCCAAUCAUAAGCGAAUGUGUUUAAGUGGUGAAUUUGGCCAAACAAUUUCUGUUAGCAUCAGUUUUCUGUUGAAAUUCGUCCAACUCUCGGGUUUUUCGGAUAUGCUUCUAAAGGAGCCAAGGAAGGCUGAAUAUCUUUUACGGCUCAUGUUAGGAAUCGAGCAUAACAGUGAUGGAGACUCAAUCGCAUGUUCCAGUUUAGCCUCAGAUUUGCCGCUGCUGCCUUUUGUCGCACUGCAGGAUCUCUUCAAGUCAGUGCCACUAAACAGUGACGAGGGACGGGAUCUUCGCAAAGCAGCUUUCGAUAAUGACGUGAUAAAGCAUCUUCUCAGUCAUUUAGGGGGACUCUGCUACCAAGAAACUUCGAAUAAAGACACAAGAAAGGCCAAGAAGACUGAGAAAACCGAAGUGAGGCCAUCAUACUGGGCACGAGGCACUGGGUUUGGUACUGGAUCUACUGCUUCAACCUGGGAUGUUGAGAAGGUCAUCCAAGAAAAGCGAAAAGAAGAGGAUCAUGUUGUUUGCCUUCUGCGUGUUCUAGCAAGUUAUGUUGAUCCAAUGGAGGCUUCAAAAUCAACUAGCCCCGAGGGUCGAGUAUCUGACUUACCAGAAGGACUGGCACUGUGCUUCGAAGAAUCGCCCCUGAGAUCUGUUCUUUCAAGCUACCUAAGAAAUGACUCAGUCCUGGAUAUGGCCCGUCACGUGCCACUUUUCAUGGCCUUAAUGGAAAUCCUACGCGCCAUUGCUUCUAAAAGUAACCUCGUUUCACUGCUGUUGCCAAAGGGUUUUGACCCAACAGAUUCCUCUGCAGAGACAUCAGGAUCCAUAAGUCAACUGUUAUCAAAACUCAAGGACUGUGCUAAUACGUACCUCAGUAGGCUGAAGGGCAGCAAGAAGAGAAAGCCUACUGACCCCAGGAAAGGGGGAUCCCUUAAAAAAGCAGCACAAAAGGAGACAGCACCUUCAGAGCCGGCUGUCGACGGGUCUGUUGAACUUGCAAGUGAAGCUCUCACUGUUCUUAUUGGAAACAUCCGAGACACAUCGAUACUUGUUGAGCAGCGGAUAGCGGAAUACGAGAAAAGAAUCAGGCUUGAAAGGAAUGCGAACGACAGUUUAGAAAAAAAUGGAUCUGAGAAAGGAAAGAAAAACCAGCAAAGCUUAGAAGAACAGUAUAUUCAAGAAAUGAAAACACAUCAAUUUGACACGUAUGAGUUCAUAGCAGAAGAAGGUGACGAUAGUGGAAAACUAGAAUUUCUGGUUCCAUUUCAUUACGCGGAGACACUGCGAACGGCCGUUGCCAGUGGAGACUUCAGCUAUAGCUCGCGUUCGCGCAGAUUGGCUCAAGAGAUUGCGUCACUGUCAACCUCACUUCCUCUAUCAUUCAGCUCAUCUGUUUUUUUGAGAUGUGACGAGAAUCGCCUGGAUAUAAUGAAGGUCCUCAUUACCGGCCCUGAAGAUACACCAUAUGCUAAUGGUUGUUUUGAGUUCGAUAUUUACUUCCCACGUGACUACCCUACGUCACCAAUGAUGGUUAAUUUGCAGACGACUGGGCAGCAUUCUAUCCGCUUCAAUCCGAACCUUUACAAUGAUGGAAAAGUAUGUCUCAGUAUAUUGAAUACAUGGCAUGGGAGACCGGAAGAGAAAUGGAAUCCACAGACGUCUAACCUUUUACAAGUGUUAGUGUCAAUUCAGUCACUUAUACUCGUGCCUGAUCCAUAUUUUAAUGAACCGGGCUAUGAGAGAUCGCGUGGUACGCCGAUAGGUCAACAGAAUUCAAUGGAUUAUAAUGCUAACAUCAAACAGGCCACUAUCAAGUGGGCGAUGUUGGAACAACUUCGCAACCCUGCUCCAUGCUUCAAAAAGCUCAUCCGAAGGCAUUUCACGCUAAAGAAGGCUGCCAUUUUGAAACAAUGUGAGGCAUGGGUUUCUCAAAUAAAGGACCACUCUUCAAAGAAGAAAAGUGUCCAGGUUCACUACGAAGCGAUGAAGCGGCAUUACAACCUAUUGAAAGCAGAACUUGACAAGUUAACUGAUGGUAACCAACACCCGAUCUCCCGAAAAGAGCUGCCACCGACUCCCGAAAGUCUGCCUGAAAUAAACGAGAAAGAAAACCUGGUCUAUGUUUAAUUGACUAUCAAAGCGGAAUAAUCUCCUCGUGUAUCGAACAAAGAGAUAUUGAAACAAUUAGGACUUCUAUUUCCAUAGCCGAAUGCCCCCCCCCCCAUCUUUAAUACUUCAUAUUUAAUGCCAAUCACCAAUUCCUUAAUGUUUUGCGACGGAGUUCUUGGAGAGGUAAUGGACAAUUUCCCGAGGAUAGACUUAUUAUUCUGCUUCUCUCUAAUUCAACCAUUUGAAAUUCGAAGUCGAACAAUUCAACAAAAUAUGUUUUGAAACAUGUAUUUAUUUCAUAGUUUGGAGUGCCCCACAAUCUUUUGAAUUGCCCCUAAAAAGCCAAUGUUUGGAUUACUAAUUCCAUGCAUACUGCAUUGAAUAGAAACAAUAUUAUCAUUUUCCCCGUUUGUUUGUUACUCGGCUGUUCCCUAUAGUAAAUUAGCAAGGAGUUGCUUUGAAUUGCAAGAAUAAACAACGAACAAAUAUUAAUUAUUUUAUAACGUAAAAUAGUAUUGAUACCAGAAUUGUGAAUUCUGGCUAGCAGUGGAGGUUUCUAAAAAGCUGACUGAUGCUCACUUAUCGAACUUAUUCACUUUGACUUUUUAAAAUAGAUAGGUGACCCAUACUAGAGUCAUAAUUUAAACAUUAUCCGCAAAUUUUUGGAAGCAAUAUUAAUUUCACUUGCCCUGGAGUGGUUCAAGAGGAAAUAAGGUAAAAUUGAAAACUACUAAAGUAUAAGGUUUUGGAAGAUCUUUCCCUGGAGGAAAUGGGCAUCGAUCCGCUAUGCCCUUAAAAGCCACCACUGCAGACAAGCAAAGAUAGAAUUCAAUUAUAUCAUUCGAAAAGUAGAGUUUGUUUUAGAUAAUUGCUGUUGGAGGCGUUAUAGUAACCCUUUUGUAUUAAUCUGAUCGCAGUGUAUGUGAAAAUGGAAUGCCCAAGUUAUAGUUAUGUUCUUUACUUAUGGUAAAAGGCCGGUAUGAGUCGCUUAAUGAUAGUCUCAGUCGCUUAGUCAAUCAAUUCAUUGAAAUUUGUAGAUAAUUUUGAAAUGUUGUACAGUAUUUGCUUUGAAUGCCAAAAGAUUUUUCUUUCAAGGCACUGUUGGUGUUUUGUUAUAAUAAUAUUAAAAUAAAGUACAGCUGAUGUGAC